CCCUGGGGCUGCCCAGGUGCUCCGAGGGAGGAGGACAGCCGCCCAGGUGCCUGCUCCCUGCGCCUGCGCUCUGCGUGCUCCGCCUCGCCAGGUGCGCCCCGCCCCCUCCCUGGCCGGCCACCUUCAGGAGCUGUUUCGAGGCGCCCGCCAUUGGCCUUACCGCCCACUGAGCGUUUGUAGGUGUGGUGGGGGUCUGAACGGUGGGAGCGUCGCCGAGGGCAAGGGACCAGCGAGGGGCGGACAGAAGCAUCGUGGGCGUAUCAGACCGAGCGUCCGCACACCGAAGGUCCGACAAGUCCUCCUCGAGACUCCGGCGGACGCGCCGGCGCGGGACCUCGCAGACCCCCUGGGAGCGCCAGCACCUGAACACGAGGCACCGCAGUGCGCGUGCGCGGCAAGGGUCUUCCCGCACCUGAUCGCGAGACCCUGACGGCCAGCGGAUCCAGGCUUCGCCUGCGCCGCCGGUUGGAGCCAGUCAUGGCGCAGCUGUGUGAGCCUAGGCGGUGCGGGGCGCUCCUCGCCCUGCUGGCCUCGCUGCUCCUCUUCGGGGCUGAGGCGGCCGACGGAGAACGUAGCGUCCACGACUUCUGCCGAGUGUCGAAGAUAGUGGGAAGAUGCCGGGCCUCCUUCCCUAGGUGGUGGUACAAUGUCACUGACGGAUCCUGCCAGCAGUUUGUGUAUGGCGGCUGUGAGGGGAAUAAGAAUAACUACUUGACCAAGGAGAAGUGUCUUGAGAAGUGUGCCGGUGUCACAGAGAACACCAUUGACGACGUGGCCUCUGGCAGGAAUGGAGCAGAUUCCUCUGUCCCAAGUGUUCCCAGAAGGCAGGAUUCUGAUGACCUUUCCAGUGACAUUUUCAACUAUGAAGAAUACUGCACUGCCAAAGCAGUCACCGGGCCUUGCCGUGCCGCCUUCCCACGCUGGUACUUUGAUGUGGAGAAGAACUCCUGUGACAACUUCAUCUACGGAGGGUGCCGGGGCAAUAAGAACAGCUAUGUCUCUGAGGAGGCGUGCAUGCAGCGCUGCUCUGGCAAGCAGCUGUACCCCGUCCUGCCCCGCGGCACUAAAGUGGUGGUCCUGGUGGGGCUGUUUGUGAUGGUCCUGAUCGUCCUGCUGGGGGCCUCCGUGGUCUGCCUGCUCAGGGUGGCGCGGAGGAACCAGGAGCGCACCCUCCGCACCGUCUGGAGCUCCGGGGACGACAAGGAGCACCUGGUGAAGAACACCUACGUCCUGUGAAUGCCCCGCCACCAAGAGGCCGACUUCCUCGGCCUCCCUGACAACAAAGAGAACCUGGGGGGGGGGGGGAACGAGUGUAGAAUGUGUGUGUGCUUUUUAAAAUAGAGUGAGUGGUUUGUAUUUGUGCGAUCAUCAGAGGGUUGGGUCUGUUUGUUUCUCCAAAAGGUAAGCGGGCUGCCUCCUGCUCUCCUGCCUGGCUCUGCUCCCGAGUCCCUCUCGCGGGCGGCUCUGGCUCAUGUGGUGGUGGUCUGGGCCCCGACGGAGUCGGCUGCGCUUCAGUUUAGUUCUUUGCCCCAGGUAUUAGUUCUCUUUGCUUACCUUGAGUCCUGUAGCGUCCUUUCCCAUCACAAAAGUCAUGUUUUAAUAGUUUUCUUUGUUUUUUGAUUUGUGUGUGUGUUUUUUAAGCAGUAACAAAAGUUUUUUUUUAUUAGGCUUCUGAAAGGAAGAGAAUAAAAUGUACAAGCUUAAUAAAAAGGGCCUUCCCUUUAAAAUAAA